AUGGACAUGGCUGUGGUAAAAAGAAAAGAUUUGAAAACAUCAGAACUCGCGGAGGGUGGUAGCCCUUCUGGCUCUGAAGCGGGCGAUCCAAAGAGCCAGAACGCCGAGGAUGCACAAAGUUCAACGCCAGAAGAUUCACGGACAGCCACAUACACUGAGGCUGGAUUUUACACGGACCGAGAAAUCGAGAUUUUGACUGCUUCUUUCCACGUCUCGCCAGCGGGCAGCAUCUCAGCAACACCCGCCGCUGCCACCGUCACCGCCACUGAUCACGACCGGCGGUUCAUCACCCUGGUCCGGCCACCACCGAAUAACCCAAUCGCAGACCCUUCAGACAGCUUCCCGACCCGCGAGAACUUGCCCACAACACAGCCACAGCGACUACAGUCCCCAUCCAGUACAACACCGCAGAGGCCCUCGCCGACACGCACCGGCGCGCCCAAUCGGAAUGGUGCGCAGGUGCUGUUUCCCACAAUCGUGACGCCAACGCCUGUAAGAUCCGUUGGGAGAACGACGUCCUCUAGCACGAGCUCCAUUGCGACGCUGCUGUCGUCCAGCACGAGCUCCAUUGAGACGCAGAUUCCCCCCAGCACAAGAUUGAUCGAGACGCCUCUGUCGUCCAGCACGAGCUCCAUCGUGACGCCGCCCGCGUCGGCGUCGGCGUCGUCGCUCGUCUCCUCGGCGCUCGCGGGCCCUUCAACGCAGCCGGAGAAGCAGCCAGACGCAGCGCCCACGCCCGUGACGUCGUCCACGGGUUUGAACCGCGCAGCCGAAGCCGGUAUCGUCAUCGGCAGCAUAGCUCUGGUAAGCCUUGUGCUGGGCGCCGCCCUGCUCUACUACUACAAGCGCAAGCCCUCUGCCAACAACAUCUUUACAAGCCGAAACAAGAACCUGGUGCCGCAGAGGUCCAUCUCGCGACCAGUUCCGCAGGAUAUGCCCACCACGGCGGCCGCGAACCAAGGCCGGCCAACACCAGUACCGUUCUCAAGGCCCUCGCCGCCGCCGCAGCAGCAGCGCGCACCGGCUAUGGCAGAGCGGCCACCAGUGUACGCGCGGCCGGAGCGGCCGCUACCGCCAGCACCCGUGCGACGGUCGUUGAUGAACAGGAGCUCGAGCUUAUACAGUCGGUUGCCGUGA